UACAGCCAAGGAAUCAUCUCUUUGUGGAUCUCUCGACGGCGCCAUUUUGCGAAGUUUAACGUGUAAGGGGUAUUUGUUGGGCACACUUUUAUUGAUUACUCUUCAUUUUGGUAAAUUUAUACAUAAAUUGCAGACGUUGAAAGGUGAGUAGGCCAUAGGAGUACACCGAAAAUGGCAACGGGAGCAAAUGCAACUCCGUUAGGGAAGUUGCACCCCAGCAUCGGCGCUAAACGGGGAUUUGAUGCGGGGCCUGGUGCGGGCAACGGGCUGAUGCCGACACCGGGGCCGCCUGCCUCCUUCCCGGCUCUGCAAGUAUUUCAGCCCCCAAUGCCGACCGCCGCUUUCCCGCAGUUCAGUCCGGCGGCAGGGUUUGCUGCCCCGCUCCCACAGCAACAACUCCCGUCGGUCGUGUCCGGACCAGAUUUUGGCUCGAAGAAACAAAGGAAGAAGAGUCGCUGGAGCAGCGAGACGCCCGAUCAGAAGACGGUCAUUCCGGGCAUGCCCACUGUCAUUCCCCCCGGCCUGACCCGGGACCAAGAGAGAGCCUAUAUAGUCCAACUGCAGAUCGAAGACCUGACUCGUAAACUGCGUACAGGAGACCUGGGAAUCCCUGUUAACCCUGAGGACAGGUCUCCGUCUCCGGAGCCAAUCUACAACAGCGAGGGGAAGAGGUUAAACACCCGAGAGUACCGCACGCGGAAGAAGAUCGAGGAGGAGCGUCACUCCCUCAUCACAGAGAUGGUCGGACUGAACCCUGACUUCAAGCCUCCUGCAGACUACAAACCUCCAGCCACCAGAGUCAACGACAAAGUGAUGAUCCCCCAGGAUGAGUACCCUGAAAUCAACUUUGUUGGUCUUCUGAUCGGGCCGCGAGGUAACACGCUGAAAAACAUCGAGAAGGAGUGCUGUGCCAAGAUCAUGAUCCGGGGGAAAGGUUCAGUGAAGGAGGGGAAGGUCGGCCGGAAAGAUGGACAGAUGCUUCCAGGAGAAGACGAGCCGCUGCACGCCCUCGUCACCGCCAACACCAUGGAGAAUGUCAAGAAGGCUGUGGAGCAGAUUCGUAACAUUCUGAAACAAGGCAUCGAGACGCCUGAGGAUCAGAACGACCUGAGAAAGAUGCAGCUGAGGGAGCUCGCCAGACUCAACGGCACCCUGAGGGAGGACGACAACAGAAUCCUUCGUCCAUGGCAGAACGCUGAACCUCGCAGCAUCACCAACACCACCCUGUGCACCAAGUGUGGUGGAGCCGGACACAUCUCCUCCGACUGCAAAUACACCAGCUCCUUCGCUGCCCACAGAGCGACGGGCGGCGAGCCCCCUCAGUCAGCUCAGGACAAAGCUCGUAUGGACAAAGAGUAUCUGUCCCUCAUGGCCGAGCUGGGGGAGGCUCCGGUCCCUUCGUCUGGAGGAGGACACUCUGGAAACCAGGGAGGAGCACCCCGGUCCUCAGGACCCAACAGCAACCAGCCCCCACCGCAGAACCGCCCCCCCUGGAUGAGCUCCGGGCCCACUGAGAACAGGAACUACCACAGCAUGCAUGGUGGACCGGGAGGUCACGGAGGACCUCACAGCUUCCCUCCCCCCAUGCCCAACAUGGGAGGCCCCCCAAUGCCUCCAAACCCCAACGGCCUGCCUCCCCCCUGGAUGCAGCCCCCUCCUCCUCCCAUGGGCCAGGGACCAGGACCUCAUGGACACCCCAUGGGUCUGCUGCCGCCUCCGAUGGGCAUGAUGCCUCCUCCCCCUCCUCCCCCCAGCAACCAGCCGCCUCCCCCUCCUUCUGGACCCCUGCCACCAUGGCAACAGCAGGCUCCACCCCCACCUCCAACCAGCAGUAUGGCAACUAGUACACCGCUGCCAUGGCAACAGAACACCACCACCACGUCCAGCCCUGGAACCGGCACCCUGCCCCCCUGGCAGCAGCCCCAGCAGACUGCAGCCUCCGGAGCUCAGCCCCCUCCACCCAUGGGAACCCCCUCCAUGGUGCCGCCUCCCCCUGGCGUCCAGCCCCCACUGCCCCCCGGAGCCCCUCCUCCUCCCCCUCCCCCUCCCCCAGGCUCAACAGGCAUGAUGUACGCGCCUCCGCCUCCCCCGCCUCCCAUGGACCCUUCCAACUUUGUCACCAUGAUGGGGAUGGGGGUGCCGGGCAUGCCCCCCUUUGGCAUGCCUCCUGCCCCACCGCCCCCUCCCCCUCAGAAUUAACCCCCCCUGCAGAAGAAUCGUCCUCCCAUACGUGUGCUCACAGAAAACAUAUAACCAGUGCUUUAUUUUUUAAUGAUCAUCCAUAUGAG